CUCUCGCCCUCUGCCCGCCCCGUUGUUCCCUGCCAGGCCAUGACUCCCAAGCUCCCUCGCGCCGUGUGGCGGCCAUGGCGUUGCUGACGGACCUCUACCAGCUCACCAUGGCCUACGGCUACUGGCGGGCCGGUCGCCACCGCGUCCCCGCCGCCGCCGAGCUCUUUUUUCGCCGCGAACCCUUCCAUGGGGCCUUCGCCCUGAGCGCGGGCCUGGCCGAGGGGCUCCGCUUCCUCCGCGCCUUUCGCUUCUCCGCCGCCGACAUCGCCUACCUGCGCUCGGUCCUGCCUAGCACGACGGAGGACGCCUUCUUCGAUUACCUCUGCACCGUGGACGCCUCGGAGGUCACCCUCUCUUCCGUGCCAGAAGGCUCCGUCGUCUUCUCCAGGGUCCCGCUCCUGCAGGUGAAGGGGCCGCUGCUGGUGGUGCAGCUGCUGGAGACCACGCUGCUGUGCCUGGUCAACUACGCCAGCCUGGUGGCCACCAACGCCGCCCGCUUCCGCCUCCUCGCCGGCCCCGAGGUGAAGCUGAUGGAGAUCGGGCUCCGUCGUGCCCAGGGGCCGGACGGCGGCCUGUCCGCCUCCAAAUACUCCUACAUCGGGGGCUUCGACUUCACCAGCAACGUCCUGGCGGGGAAGCUCUACGGCAUCCCGGUGCGCGGCACCAUCGCCCACUCCUUCAUCAUGUCCUUCACGGCGCUGGAGGAGGUGCAGCCCAAGGUCCUGGCACCGCUGGCGGGCGGGGAGCCGGUGGAUCUGGUGGUCCUGGCCGAGUCGUGGUUGCGGCGGGUGUGCGAGCUGCUGCAGAGCCCCCCCGAGAAGGCCAACCGGGGCGAGCUGGCCGCCUUCGUGUCCUACGCCAUCACCUUCCCGCACCACUUCCAGGGGCUGCUGGACACCUACUGCGUCAUGAGGAGCGGCUUGCCCAAUUUCUGCGCCGUGGCGCUGGCCCUGCACCAGCUGGGCUACCGCGCCAUCGGGGUGCGCCUGGACAGCGGGGACCUGGGCCAGCAGUCCAAGGAGAUCCGGCGGGUGCUCCGAGCCUGCGGCACCGCCUUCCAGGUGCCCUGGUUUGGGAGCAUCCCCAUCGCCGUGAGCAACGACAUCAGCGAACGGAGCCUGGAGAGCUUCAUCCGGGAGGGGAGCGAGAUCGACGUGAUCGGUGUGGGGACGAACCUGGUGACGUGUCCCCUGCAGCCAUCGCUGGGCUGCGUCUACAAGCUGGUGGAGGUCAACGGCUCGCCUUGCCUGAAGCUGACGGAGGAGGAGGAGAAGAUGACGAUCCCCGGGAUUAAGGCAGUUUAUCGGCUCUACGACGAUGCUGGUCACCCCAUCAUGGACCUCAUGGCCCUGGAGGAUGAGCCUGCACCCAAAGCAGGGCAGGAGCUGGUGGCCCAUGUCCUGGGGAGGAGAGGAAAAGCCACCAAGGUCUGGCCGAACACCGUGGAGCCCUUGCAUCGCACCUACUUCAGAGACGGCCAGGUGUGUGAGGUCCUGCCCAGCCUGCCGGAGGUGCGGAACCACGCGCAGACGUCCCUCAACCAGCUCAGCCCCGCUCACCGCCGGCUCCGCGAGCCGCAGCCCUACCCGGUGGCCGUGACGGAGAAGCUGCACCUCCUCCUCGCAGAGCUGCGGCAGGCCAAGCAGUGAGGGGGUCCCCGUGCGCCCCCCGCCAAGCCCCCGCCUGGGGGCCAGCGCUUCCCACGUCCUCUUCGGAAGGCCGGGUGAUUAAUUGGGAAUUAAUGAGGCUAAUGAGGCUGCUGCUCUGCGGAUCCCCUCCGAGGACCACGCUGGAACUGGAAGCGCUCCCCACGCGCCCCGGGUGCCCACGGAUGGGGCAGGCAGAGCUGGGAGGUGGUGGGGCCACCACGUCCCGGGCUGGGACACGGCGGUGACCGGCGUUGUCACCGCAUCGCCUGGGGAGUUCCCUUCCUUCCCUGCCCCUCUCGGUGGCCCUGCCACCCCUGUGCCUUCUGUGGUGGCAUCUCCAGGCCAUGGGGACCAUCCUCGUGUCCCAGAGCCCCCAACGAGGCUCAGCAGUGGCACUAAAAUCCCUGCCGAGAAGGUUUCCCACCCACGGAGCCGUGGCAGAUGCACUUUGCCCCCUUUCUCCCCUAAGCUUUGGCUCUGUGGCCCCGUUUUUUACCUUUCCGUUUUCUACGAGAUCUCCCGAGCAUGGAAGGUGGGUUCAGGUCGACCCCCAUGACCUCAAACCUCAAUUCUUAUAGAGGAAGCGGGGCGCUAAGCCCUGCCUUUACUUCAUCCAAAGCACAAAACAAAAUCAAAGCCUUACACACCGGUGCUGCGAGCACACUGCGUGCCUGCCCCAGUCCUAAAAACCAAACUCUCCUUCAGCUUGAAUGUCUAAUUCAGCACCUGUCAUUUCACUUCGUGGUGUAUAUUUGAAUAAAAUUGAAAUGAGAAGCGA